GAAGUUUGCUAAUAUCAGCCAUUGAAUUUCCCCGUUGGACAGGAGCGGUCGUGUGUACGUUAUGCGAAUCAGGGUCACCUUUCCUCUUUUAACCUCUUUCUUUGGGGGCGUGUUUGGUUUACUUCUGAGAGUGAUUUGGGGGUAAGUCGGUCUUCGGCAGCUUUGUGACUCCACUCCAGCCGCCUGCCAGCCUGAUACUGAGCGACAGAUGACAGUGACAGGCAGGGUGUUGUUAGCUGCUCGGUGAUAAGAGAUAAACUGGGUGAAGGCGGCUGUCACGCGCAGAUAAAACGGAUAAUAACGGUCAAAACUCGACAAUGUAGUGACAACAAGCUCUACAGCGGCUCUGCUAUGUUUACGGUGCGUUUACCCAAACAGCUGGGGGACUAAAAUGUUUCUCCGAGUGGACUUUCUUAAGAAGAAACACUUCGACACUUGAAAAUUACUGAACCGGAUCACUCGGGCAAAUCGUUUUUUUAAUUUUUGUCAACUUUAGUUAGUAUCUCAGACAAUGAGGCUUUUAAUUCGCAUGUCACGGGGCACACACGGAGGGGAUUUAUCCAAACUCAAGCCUCCACAGUCCGGAGUGUUAUGGCUGGAGUACCGCCGGACCCUCUCUGCUGCCCUCCGGAGGAAGAGACAGCCGACCGGAGCCAGGUGCUCAGCUCCUCCGACACCCGCCUUCCGCCUCUCCUCACCGGGGCCCUUCAUGUCGGUCCUGCCCUGCUACAGCCCUCUCAGAGGUCUCUCUUUACUCUGCUGCUCACACACCUCCAACCCAGCAGACAGAGCACGGACAGUCUCACACACAUCUGUUGCCUUUGCAAGCUCCUCUGCAGCCUCCUCACCCACUCCAUCCGGAUCAGUGAAGACCCAGCCAGACAGAGACCGCACACCGACCACCGUCCCCCUGGAAGAUGUUAAGAGGAUAUUGCGGCUUGCUCACCCUGAGAGAUUGAGACUGGCAGCUGCUCUAGGCUUCCUAACUGUCUCCAGUGCAGUAACCAUGUCAGCUCCAUUUUUCCUGGGUAGAGUAAUUGACACCAUUUACACCACUGGAGCAGACACAGAGACCAUGACAGCCUCCCUCACAUCGCUGUGUAUCAUGCUGACAGGAGUGUUCCUGUGCGGCGGGGCAGCCAACGCUGCCAGAGUCUACCUCAUGCAAGCCUCAGGCCAACAGAUUGUUCGUAAUCUCCGUACCUCCGUCUUCUCCUCCAUCCUCAGACAGGAAGUGGCAUUUUUUGACAAGAACAGGACCGGUGAGCUUAUCAACCGGCUCUCUGCUGAUACAACCGUGGUGGGCCGCUCAGUCACAGACAACCUGUCAGACGGUCUGAGAGCUGUCGCCCAGGCAGCUGCUGGCGUCAGCAUGAUGUUCUACGUCUCCCCGACUCUAGCAAGCUUUGUGUUGCUAAUUGUGCCUCCUGUGGCCGUUCUUGCUGUGGUCUACGGCAGAUACCUUCGCUCCAUCUCCAAACGCACUCAGGAUGCUCUCGCACAAGCCACACAGUUGGCAGAGGAGCGCAUCAGCAACCUGCGGACAGUGAGGGCUUUUGGUAAAGAGCUGUCAGAGGUCAACUCGUACACACAGAAAGCAGAUCAGGUCCUCAGCCUGGCCAGGAAGGAGGCUGUACUACGAGCUGGCUUCUUUGGAGUGACUGGUCUCAGUGGUAACAUCAUGAUCCUGUCGGUGCUCUACAAAGGAGGCCUGCUGAUGGCCAGCCAGCACAUGACUGUGGGGGAGCUCUCAUCUUUCCUCAUGUACACCUUCUGGGUGGGAAUCAGUAUUGCAGGUCUGAGUUCGUUCUACUCGGAGUUGAUGAAGGGUUUUGGAGCAGGAGCCCGACUGUGGGAGCUGAUGGACAGAAAGCCUGAGUUUCCACUAAAUGAGGGCCUAGUUCUUCCUCUAGACGAGCUGAAGGGCCGGUUGGAGUUUUGCGAUGUCUCCUUUGCCUACCCGACCCGUAAGGAGGCUCCAAUCUUCCAGAAUCUCAGUUUGCUGGUCCCGGCUGGCACCAUUAUGGCUAUUGUGGGACCCAGUGGGUCUGGAAAAUCAACUCUGGUGUCACUGCUGCUCAGGCUGUAUGACUCAGAUGCUGGUGUCAUCACUAUAGAUGGCCAUGACAUCAGGGAUCUAAAUCCCUAUUGGCUCAGAAGGCACAUCGGGACUGUCAGCCAGGAGCCGGUGCUGUUCUCUUGCUCUAUUAGAGACAACAUAGCGUACGGUGCAGUGGACCAAGAUGCUGUGACCACAGAGGACAUCUACAGAGCAGCCAGAGUGGCCAACGCCUACGAUUUCAUCCAGGCUUUUCCCAAGGGCUUCGACACUGUGGUGGGAGAGAAAGGAGUGCUGUUGUCAGGGGGUCAGAAGCAGAGGAUAGCCAUAGCCAGAGCUCUGCUCAGGAAUCCUAAGAUCCUGCUUUUAGACGAGGCUACAAGCGCGUUGGAUGCAGAGAAUGAGUUUCUGGUCCAGGAGGCUUUGGAGCGUCUGAUGGAAGGGAGGACAGUCAUGAUCAUCGCUCACCGUCUUUCCACCAUCCAGAACGCGAACGCUGUCGCCGUGCUGGACCAGCACCGUAUAGCUGAGUGUGGCCAGCACACAGAGCUGCUAGGCAACAGACAAGGACUGUUCAGGAAACUGAUGGAGAAACAGGCUUUUCUGCAGGAGGAACAGAAACAAGCCCUGCGCUGAGAGGAGACAAGUGGAUGAAAACGAGAGAGUGAAUAAGAGGUGAGAUUAAUUGUGAGCUUUUCACCAGAAGGGGUUGAAAUGUCCCCCGUGCUGAGAGACAGCAGGGGUGAGGAUGAAGGAACAAAAGUUUUUUUUUUUUUCCCUGGAAUUACAGAUGGAUAAAAGCAGAAGCACUGGAGAGAGAGGAGAUGGGAUUUUCUUAAACGCUGCAAGUGUCCUUUCACUACUGACACGACUGAGUAGAAUAACAUAAAGAGCUAUUUUGAGAGGACAAACAGAAAUCCACAGUGAAGACCUAAGAACUGAAACAUGCAUUAGCUAGUUACUAGAGAUGCUUCGUUUUGAAAAAUCUCUAAAAACUCUACACUGAGGGAGGAAGACAGAAUAAGAGGCUGAAAGUAAAACGGACGCUCGUCACACUGGAAGCACAUGGCCGACAUAUGACUCAAGUCGCUGCCACGGUUUUGUGGAAAAUCCCAAAUCAUGUAAAUGUGUAAAUGUAACAGUAUGAGUCUGGUGCAAAUGACAAAUCUCUCUUUCAUUCUCCACUAACUAAACCAAAAACAGUCUGAUGUGGCACGUAAAGCACUGCUAAGUAUGUAUUUGUGUAUGUAUUUCUACUUCUGUCUAUGUAUUAGUGAUUUUGUUUUUACUUGAAGCUCACACACAGAGCCUUUUACAGUCAUUUAAGGUUUAAACAGGCCAAUUGAAGCAACUAAACAUGGUGUUUAUACCAUGAGCUGAACACUAUUCUGACUGCUGAGGUGCUACACACGUAAAAAAAAAUCAUUCUUUUUUACAAAGGUCUUGGUCUUAGUGAAUCAUAUUUAUGUUGGGAUUGGUUUGCUAAUACAUUUAGACUCAUUUAGUCUCUCUUCAGUUUUUCUUGCCUGGAACUACAAGUUUACCAUCUCAUACUCUGGUGAAAAUGUGAACAGUCACUUAGGAAAGUUGAUUGAGGCUCCGUAAGCAGCUUCUUUCCUGGAAGAGGAGGUGGAGGAGGAGGAGGGUACGGAAGAGAUGUCAUCAAAGUUUGUCAAAUGUGCAGCCUGUCUGCAUGUCAUGUUCACCCCUCUUGUCCAAAAUCAAAAGUUCCUUCAUAGUUUUCUCUUCUCUCCAUAAAAUUGACCAGCAUAAAUCUGAAUGUAAUCUUAGUCAACUGUGUACUACAUAGUUUUUAACACUGAGUCUGACAGUCUGUGACAUAACUGCACCUCCAUGCUGGUGUUUACAGGAUGUGUACCUAGCCAGCAUUCAGUUUCACAUAAACAGCUCUGAAGCCUCGUACUUGUUAGCCACAGUGCUGUUAAGCCAGAUAAACAUUAUAACUGGCUUCAAGAGCUCGACUAAGAAGUCAAGAUUCUACUCGGUAAAUAUUUAGUUUGUAAAUGCCCACUUCAUCACUCAGGAGGAGUGUAGACAGGAGGACUUUUUUCCUUGUUUAGUCAAUCAUGUAAAUGCCCUUAGUCUGAAUUUCCCACAGCUCCUAAAUAUUGGGUUGUUUCUGGCACUGCAGCUAGGAAAUUUAGCCACAUGUUGAUGCUGAGUUUUUUUUCUAAUAACCAAAAAAAAUAAAAGAAUUUAAGUACAAUUUUUUUUGGUUUUUGAGGCUGACAUUUGUAGAAAGUAGCUCAGUUUUUAGUUGCUGCAUUUAAAAGAUCAUUUUAAGGACUUUCUGGCUUUUUUGAUGCACUUUUGCAUGAAUUCAACAGGCUAAUGAAGAACAAAAAGAGGAAAAUGUAACUGCGGUUGUGUGAAGUUUGUCUAGUCAUUUAUCUUUAACCUUUGCAGAUGUCUGAUGAGAAUCUCUAAGCAACAAAAAGUAAUUAUGUACAGCAUGUUACACACAAGGGCACUUAGAAAUGACAACAUAUUAUUUGAAUCUGUCACAAUAGUUUGUUUCUGACACACAGAUUUCUAAACCAGAGGUUAGAUGGCAUGUUGAAGGUACAUCAGUUAACUCUAAUAAUUGCAGAAAUAUAACAUCAUAUAAUCAACAAUCUUUUUCACAUAACAUUUAUUUUCUUCAACAUGUGACUAAAAAGAUCAAACUGCAAACUUGUCUACAUUUCUCUGAAGGUCUGUGCUAAGGGCAACAUUUAUUUGUUUUAUUUUUGACAAGGAUUAUAAACUUGAAUCAUCAUGAAUGUCA